AUGGCACUCUAUCGUUCGACGAUCACUCGCACUUGUACCUGUCGAUUGGGGAUUCGGUCAUUAGCCACACGCAACAUUUUCCACCCUGAUCCAGACGAGGAUCACUUGAACAAGUUGACGAAGCAACAACGGAAGCAACAACAGCAACAAUCGCAACAAGAGAAGCCAUGGGAUGGCGAUGAAUCAGUGGCAGACUCGGUGCUUCGUAUGAUUAUGGAUAAAUACAACAAGCCGUUACGAGUGGAAGGAGCUGCAAGAAGGCAUUUACCACAGCCACAAGUGCAUCCAUCUCAAGUACAAGGUUUAUACGACGAUGACAAGCAGGAGACAUCUUCUGGUGAAAAGGCUGUAUUGCGUGACAAGUUGGCUCGAUCCAAGAAGCAAAAGCGGAUUAUGAGUGCUCGAGAUGCUGCAUUUGAUUAUUCCAUGGAGAGAAAGUAUCCAUCAACAAAGCAAGAAAAGGAGAAGAGGGAGGAAGAGCAUGAACAAGAACGACCUCGAAGUAUAGCAGAGAUUGCGUCAUUGGCUGAAGAGCGGAUACGAGAAGCCAAAGCCAAGGGUCAUUUCGAUAAUUUGGCGGGAAGAGGAAAACCGAUCCCUGUUGAUAUCCAUGAGAGCAAUCCAUUUGUCGAUCGUACCGAGUAUUUCUUGAAUCGUAUUGUACAACGUCAAGGAGCAGCAGCACCUUGGAUUAUGAUGCAGCAGGAAGUAGAUACCGAGAUCACUCAAUUACGCACAUCUCUUGAACGAUCUUUGGAAUUAUGCAUGAUGGAUGAUGGCGGUGGUGGUAUUUCAAGUACGGCAUCACGGGUAUUUAGAGAUUGGCAGCAGCAGCAUGGUGACUACUUUGAGAAGCUAUUUGAAAAAGUCAAUCAACAGGUACGAAGUUAUAAUGUCAUGUGCCCGGCUUCUGUAAGGAAAAACAGGAUCAAUCUUGAUGAAGAGCUGCAAGAUGUGUACCGACGAUUAACAACCCAAAACAAGUAA